AUUUCGCAAGGUAGUAAAUUACCAUAUAUCAUUGAAUUUACUAAAGAUGCUUUGAAUGAGGAAUCCGAGGAAUAUCAAAUAUUGCGCAAGAGUAUAAGAAGAGUAUUGGGAGUGGUUGUGGGUAUGUUGAAAGAUAGAGCGUGUGUAGAUAAGUCUGGUGUGAAAAAGAAAGCACAGAUAGAGGAUUAUCGCUCUAGAUAG